CUGAGGGUGGGUGGAGUGAAGGAAAGAACAGCAGAAGCAAACAGAUUGAGGAAAGGAUUGAAGUACUUGGUAACUGUGGACCUGCUUAUCUGCUCCUAUGGAUAAAAAUUCACGAGGCCAACCUCCUGUUGUGUAUCAACCCGACCCAGCUGGGGGUCAUGGGUUGGGGUAUGGCCAGCAACCAGGGGGGUUCGGAAUGGCUCCAAGUGGUGCUCCACUUGGGGGGUUUGGCCAGCAACCAAUGGGUUUCGGUAUGACGCCAAUUGGUGUUCCACCUGGGCUUGAGUACCUCACACAGAUCGACCAGAUCCUGAUCCAUCAAAAAGUUGAGCUCCUAGAAGCUAUCAUUGGAUUCGAGAGAAACAACAAGUAUGAUAUAAAGAACACCAUGGGCCAGAAGAUUUACACUGCCAACGAAGAGACCGACUGCUGCACCAGAAAUUGUAUUGGUUCUUUGCGCUGCUUUGACAUGAAGAUCAAGGACAACAUGGACAGGGAGGUCAUCCGUCUUAUCCGGCCUUUGCGAUGUAUCGGCUGCUGCUGCCCUUGCUGUCUGCAGGAGAUGGAAGUCCAGUCUCCACCAGGAACCACCAUAGGGUUUGUCAAACAGGACUGGCACCCCUGCCUGCCCAAGUUCUCCAUCCAGGGAGCAGAUGGACAGACCGUGAUGAAGCUGGUGGGGCCCUGCUUCACCUGCAGCUGCUGCUGUGGAGAUGUUAACUUUGAGCUCAGAGGGAAAGAUGGUGAAGAGUCGAUUGGUCGGAUCAGUAAGCAGUGGAGUGGCCUAGUGAAGGAAUUUUUCACAGACGCUGAAAACUUCGGCAUUCAGUUUCCCAUGGACCUAGAUGUGAAGAUGAAGGCUGUGCUCCUGGGGACCUGCUUCCUCAUCGACUUCAUGUUCUUUGAGAGAAACUGAGGGGCUAACACCAAAUGAUUUUUUACCAAAUGAAGGGAAAUCAAGUACCAGAGCCCACUUAUGUUAUCCAGUGUUUGUAUUAUUGUCUUCUAGAUUCACUCUUCAACAGAAGAUCUACAUUUCAUUAAUAGAUAUAUUAAGGAUUAAUCAUAAAUGUAACCUGCUGAUUAGAUUGGGUUUUUUUUUUUAAAUCUGUCUGAGCUGAUUCUACCUGGAAUAUUAUAGAUAUUCCAGGUAGAAUCUUCUGUUUCUUUCAGUCUGAACUCAGUGUAUCCAAAUAAUGUUUAUUAUAUUUUAUCAUAUUUCAAAUUUCUGUCACAUCUAUCUGUGCUCUUCAUUGUUAUUGACAUUUUUGUAACCUCUCUCAUGAGGAAUUAAUAAAAUAAAUAGUACAAUUAUAAUAUUCUCAUUGAUCUAGAUGUAUACAUUUUUUUUUUUUUAAUGUUAUGACAGCAGAUGGUUCUAAGUUUUGGAUGAGGGGCCUGUUUCACAAAGCCGUUUGACUAAAAAUGCAAUGUGCCACUAAUGCUGUAAGCAUUCAGUUUCUUUUGCCAGUGUGCCAGUAAUCUCUCUCUAAAGGCUGGAAAUUAAGCCGUGUUGUGUACAUUGUGUUCAGUGAAGAUAGUUGUCAUAAAUUGCAGUAAUUUUUUUUUUAUUGUUCAUUCAUGCAGAAGUUGCUCACUUCUAUUGUUGCUCUGUAGCUUCUGCAUUUUCUUUUAUAGACAAAAAAUGUAUUUAUCUGAGAUAACAUU